UGUAAUAGACAACUUCCUAAGUAUAUACAAAGAGGACGUACACACUCUUCCAUUGACCUACUUUCAACCCUACUAAUGUGCUCUAUCGCUUCUCCUUUCUGGUGGCCCCUAGUUCACGGCAGUGAUUACAGGUAUGGGUAUCACUACCACCAGCAGCCACCAAGGAUCCCACCACCGGUAGUGUAUCGACUUAUUCCUCUAUCUCCGCCGGUGACUUACCACAGACCCUCAAUCCCCAUGCCACCUUAUCACCACCGAUUCAAAGGGCCAGUGCCACCACACAUGUACAAAAUACACAAGGGCCUGUCUCCACCCAUAGUCCACCAGCCAAGGGUCAAAGGUCCACUCCCUGUACCCUGGCAUUACAAAAUGAAAGGUCCAUCCUUGUCAGUGGUUCAGCCCGACCCCACGGUACCAACAACACCUGUGGUGUACCUCCCCACCGUCCCUCCAACCCUGCCAGCCACAACAGAGGUAUACCAGCCCACUGCACCACCAACUCUGCCAGUGACUACCAUGCCUGCAGUGACAACCACCAUGUCAGUGGUGGAGACCACUGUGCCGCCAGUGGAGACCACCGCCCCUGUGACGCUACCGGGAUGCACAACGUUUGGUCCUGUGUGCCAACAGUUUCCUUAUUAUCCUAGGAACCAGCACUGUGCAUCCUAAACUGUGCAAAUAAACCUUCCAAUGCUUUCCUUGAUGUUUAACUGAAUCACUCUCACUGUGAAAGAUGUCAUUCAACCAACAAACAGGAAAGUUGUUUUCUGAAAAAUGAACUGCAUUUUCAGUGUGAAAGGGACUUAAGUGUUGCAAUGCAUUUGGUUGAUCACCAGAAACAGACUCUCAGUGCAGGAGCCGUCCACUGGACCUGGUGUUCAUCAUUGACAGCUCUCGCAGCGUGCGUCCUGGUGAGUUUGAGAAGGUGAAGAUAUU